CGCCGCGAGGGACAGUACGCGCUUCGCCAUGGCCGCAGCAAGUGCCGAUCAGACUCUAAGUAUUCUCCAAGAAGUUGUGGAAAUAUUUAAACAAGAACAUGUGUUUGACACCUCCGGGAAUUAUCCAGUGGUUGAAUUUGUACAUCCGAAGGAGCUGCAGGAUAAAAUCGACGUCACCCUGAGGGACGAUGCCGCCACACCGGAGGAAAUUAAGAAAGCGAUGAGGGAUAUUGUCAAGUACUCGGUGAAGACGGCGAAUCCGCAUUUCCAUAAUCAACUGUAUGCGGGUGUCGAUGGAUAUGGACUCGCUGGAUCGUGGAUAUCAGAGAGUCUCAAUACAAGCCAAUAUACUUACGAAGUUGCUCCUGUAUUCAUGCUACUCGAGCGUGAAGUUCUUGACAAAGCUCUAUCUCUGGUAAACUACUCAACCUUCCCCAACGCCGACGGAAUUCUCUGUCCGGGUGGAAGUAUUUCCAACAUGUACGGAAUGAUCCUAGCGCGUUACAAGAGAAUGCCACAAGUAAAGACAAAGGGUCUGAGUGGAUUACCACCUCUCGCCUUGUUCUCCAGUGAAUUGGGCCACUACUCCGUCCACAAAGGAGCUCAUUGGCUUGGAUUUGGUACUGAGAGUGUUUACAAUGUGAAAACUGAUACCUUGGGGCGAAUGGAUCCUCAGGAUCUCAGGAGAGCUAUCACGGAGGCGCGGAGCAAAGGAUUUAUUCCCUUUUUUGUUAAUGCCACUGCAGGGACUACUGUACUUGGAUCCAUAGAUCCGCUUGAAGAGAUAGCUGGGAUUUGUCAGGAAGAAGAACUGUGGCUGCACGUAGAUGCAUGUCUCGGGGGAUCAUUGCUGCUCUCUGACAAAUAUAGAAGUCGACUGAAAGGAAUCGAAAAAUCGAAUUCAAUAUCUUGGAAUCCACAUAAGAUGCUGGGUACACCUUUCCAAUGCUCGAUAUUUUUAGGAAAUGCGAGGAAUCUGCUUCACGAGGCCAAUUGUGCAGGGGCUACUUAUCUCUUUCAACAGGAUAAGUUCUAUGAUGUUUCCUGGGAUACCGGGGAUAAGAGUGUGCAGUGUGGAAGAAAGGUGGAUGCAGUGAAGCUGUGGGUAAUGUGGAGAGCCAGAGGUACGAAAGGACUCGGUGCCUCGGUAGACACCGCCAUGGCGACAGCCGAUUAUUUCUACCAGAAAAUUCAAAACCGAAAGGGCUUUCGUCUGGUCUUUCCAAAAUUCGAGGGAAAUACUAUUUGCUUCUGGUAUGUACCACCCAGUAUGAGGAACCAGGAGGAGAGCCCAGACUGGUGGCAGAAAUUGUACAAUAUCACGAGGGAAAUCAAGGAGAUGCUGGUACUAGAGGGAACACUUAUGAUUGGGUACACUCCAAUGGGGCAGAAGAAGCUUGGAAACUUCUUUCGAAUGGUCGUCAGCUGCCAACCACCUCCCACCCAUCAAUCCAUGGACUUUGUCAUUGAGAAGAUCGAAAAAACUGGGGAAAAACUGUGAGGAUGGGCCAUUGGAAAACUGUAAUUGGGCUUUUGCAUUCGUCGAGAAAUUCUAUCCGAUUUGUAUUGGAAUUUCACUCGAAUGAAAUAACGUUCGAAUGAUGGUAAAAGGGUUCAAGAAGAACGAAGAAAACUAUUGUAAAUGCAGUUUAUUAUCUCCUCAGGUCACUCUAACUUUGUACAUGGAUUAAUAUUCUCAGUAAGUAAUUUCACUGGUAAAUAAAAAACGUAUUUAAAACAGAAACUAAUAGUAUGAAACGCGAUAACAAUAUUUAGAUUGAAAAUUGAUUAAAAAAUUGUUGGAGCGGAUUGUUUUAUAUGCAAAAUAAUUAUGUGAAUAGGCAAAGUAAAAUGCAUUCGGUAAAUUCAAUUGAUUGUUCUGAAAUUGUAAAAAUUACUUUGUAUAAAGUAUUUUGACUCAAUGUGAGUCACACUGGGAUAAACAGAAUGCAUGCAACAUUCAAUACAAUUUUCUGAUGUAGUUAUGCUGAAAAGCUAUCCCUUAAUCAUACAUAAAUUUGUUUUUUACGUAUUUCUAUGUACAUAUGCAUCAUGGCACUACGUCACAUUUCGAUUAAUGUUAAUUAAAAUAAUCUCAAAAAAAUACAUUUAUCUCGUUAUUUUCUAGAAUUUGAUGGUAUUAUUUACAGUUUUUGGGGGUUGGCAUUGUCAUCAUGAGCUUUUCAGCGAAGUGAAUGCUCUCAAAAACAUAAAAUGUUAAUUGGAUAUUUAUAAGUGCCUAAAGCUUUAUACAAGUGACACUCAAAAUGCCCAACCAAGCUGCAUGAUUAGUCGAUUCUCACUCAUUUAUAUUUAAAAUAAAAAAUAAACUCUCAAAUUCAUGAUAAAGAAUAAAGACAACUGUCUUUGAACUCUGUCGCGCCUUCGCAAUGUUACAGACAAUUUUUUUUUCUUGGAUAAACAUUAAUCAACGUUCUUUUUCCAUUUUUACGAAGACUUGUUCACGCACUUUACAUCCAAUUUUCUUAUGUCGCGUUUUCUGUCAACGGGAGAAUUCGUGAAUUUUAAUUAUAUAAAAUAUAAUUUCUCUUCGUUGAGACCAUUAAAUUGCGAAGUUAAGAGUUCUACCAUUGAGCAACUUACAUCAUCGGUACAAACAAAUAUCUACCAUAAUAAAAAAUAAAAUAACAA